AUGCAGGGGCGGACAGCCAGGCGGAAGGGUCCGACAGCUCCACAGCGAGGGCGGCGGUUGCCAAGAGAAGCGCCACGAUCGCGGGACGGGUGGCGGAUCGAGAUCAUGGACGGCAGACGGAGCAGGCAGGCGUCGACGCGGAGAGUGCGGACGGAGGGAGGCGGUGGCAGCGGCGACGCGGCGAUGCAUCGCCUCCGCGGGCAGGGCGGACGGCCGGUGGAUCUGAGCAGAGAGGAAGCGACCAAGCGGAGCUCGAGAGUCUUUUAUCAGGACACACAUAACCAAGCAGGUAUUGCAUAUAAUGGUGGCUUGGUGCCUUUGUUAAAACUUCUUGACUCAAAAAAUGGAUCUCUGCAACAUAAUGCUGCAUUUGCCCUUUAUGGAGUUGCAGAUAAUGAGGACUAUGUAUCUGACUUCAUUAAAGUAGGAGGUGUCCAAAAGUUGCAAGAUGGAGAAUUUAUUGUCCAGGCAACAAAGGACUGUGUGGCAAAAACAUUGAAGAGGUUAGAGGAGAAGAUAAAUGGACGAGUGUUGAAACACUUGCUUUAUUUGAUGCUAGUAGGAGAGAAAUCUGUGCAAAGGCGUGUUGCUCUGGCUCUUGCACACCUUUGUGCCCCUGAAGAUCAAAGAACAAUUUUUAUUGAUAGUAAUGGUCUUGACUUGCUUCUUGAUCUUCUGAUUUCCAUGAGCUCAAAACAUCAACAAGAUGGCUCAGCAGCAUUAUACAAAUUGGCCAACAAAGCUGCAGCACUUUCUCCCAUGGAUGCUGCCCCUCCAUCCCCAACACCUCAGGUUUAUCUUGGUGAGCAAUACGUGAAUAGUUCAACACUUUCAGACGUUACUUUCUUGGUAGAAGGAAAGCGCUUUUAUGCACACAGAAUUGCUUUGCUUGCUUGUUCAGAUGCAUUUCGUGCAAUGUUUGAUGGUGGGUACAAGGAAAAGGAUGCAAGAGACAUUGAAAUUCCAAAUAUCAGAUGGGAGGUCUUUGAACUCAUGAUGAGAUUUAUCUAUACAGGGUCAGUGCAGGUUACCAGUGAAAUUGCACAGGAUCUUCUUAGAGCUGCUGAUCAGUAUCUCUUAGAAGGCCUCAAACGCCUAUGUGAAUAUACUAUUGCGAAGGAUGUGAAUCUAGAUAACGUAUCUGACAUGUAUGACUUGUCCGAUGCCUUUCAUGCCGUGUCACUAAGACAUACAUGCAUCUUGUACAUUCUGGAACAUUUUAACAAGAUCUGCACCAGAGCUGGUUCUCCACAGCUGAUCCAGCGUGUCAUUCCAGAGCUCCGCAAUUUCCUAACCAAGGCAUUGAGUUCAUCAAGAAGUCCGAGUUCAAGCGACAGGAACUCAGACUUUAUUUUAGUCCCAAUUCAUUGA